AACAUACGUACGUAUCCCAUCUUUGCUUCUGUUUUACCUCCAACAUUUUCACAUUGUCAAUACUUCACUUCCAAAAACUUCCUACAAAUAUGGAACAACAAUCGAGUAAUAGAGGAAUUCGAGUGUUUCAAUUGCUCAAAUACCUUGUGAAAAAAUGGAAACUUUUGUCGUCCAUUCUUCACCUAAAAUCAAAAUCCGUAGGAGAACACCAGGAGGUGAUAACGAUUUCCAUCGACACUCAAUUACCCGAGGAAACAACGGUUUCAGUCGACGCUGAAUUAAUCCCCGAAGAUAUCAUCUUAGAGAUUCUCUCGAGACUCCCCGUCAAAUCUAUACUCAAAAUGGGAUCGGUCUCUAAACUAUGGCUCUCUCUCAUCUCCGAACCAUCAUUCUACAAGUUCCAAUUCACUCAAGCCACUGCCGCCAGGCGUUCCGCUCUAUUGAUCUCCGCUUAUGACACAUCCACUCGCAAACGCUACUUGCUCUCUGCUCCUAAUGACGGUGGGCCUGUCACUCAUCUCAUGACACCCGACGCUCGGACUAUCAUAAGCAAAGAAACCACUGAAGUCGAGUAUCUAAAUGGGUUAGUCUUAUUUUCUUCCGGAAAUGGAUUUAUCAUGCAUAAUUUCGCCUUCAUUCUCAACCCCAGCACCCAUAAGAUCUUCAAACUCCCUGGUCCGGCUUCUGAGCCGGAUUGCCUUUCAUAUGGGGAUGGACAUAUUUGUUACUUUUUUGGGUUUGAUGAGACUCGAAAUGAACAUAAGGUUUUGACUAUCAGGAUGUUUGUUGAUCAUGAUCAACGGUGGACGUACCCAUUCACACCGAAGUCAAUCGAGAUUAUGAUUUUUUCUCUGUCAAAUCUUUCAUGGAGGAAGAUCGAUCAGGAUCUUCCUUCUAAUAUCAUCAGGGAUUGGAAUGUUGGCACCAAACAUAGUGUCUGUGUCAAUAGUGUAAUACAUGUGAUCCUUCAAAAUCCGAAUAAAAUCUUGGCGUUUGAUUUGCGAACAGAGAAGUUUUCAUUAAUCAACCUUCCUGUUGAUGCUGUUCGAGAUGCAUCUUAUAGAGACACGUGUAAGAAAGGAUUGAAUACCAUAAUAUCCAACCAGCCUUUCCUCAUGAAAAUCAAUGGCUAUUUAGGAGUAAUGUGUCGCAACCCUGUGGCGGGUCGCGAUGAGAUGGAUAUAUGGAUACUACUAGACUAUGAAUAUCGUUUGUGGCUAAAAGAAAGCGUUUGGUUCUUGAAAUCUUGGUUCCUGUUAGAUGGUCCUUUUGCACUGAAUCCUUUUAUAAGGAAUAAUAUCAGGGUUACCUAUCGGGGGUCUAUGCGUGUACGCAUGUUCAAUGUUCCUAUGUAUGACAUGGAGAGUAGAUGUCCAAAGGCAGUAGAAUUCGAACUUGGUUAUCCAUUUCUCCACCCGAGAACCGUUCGGUUUGAUCACGUUGGGAGUUAUAUCGAAAGCAUGUUUCCUUUACCAAGUAAUUAAACAAGUACUUGACCAAUGCGCGAUUUAGAGUUUAUGAUGUUAAGUAUUGUUCUAGUUUUUAAAAUGUUGUACAUAUGCUCCAUGAAAUAAGAUUGUUGUAUAUAUAAGAUGAAUGCAAUUAUAACUUGCCACAAA